AUGUCCAUCCAUUAUUUCGCAAUUUGCAAACAUUUUCUUGUACAGAAAUAUAAAAUUAUUAAUUUUUAUUUUUCAAGUUAUAUAAUUGUUGUUGAACACGAUUUGGCAGUUUUGGAUUAUCUUUCUGACCAUAUUUGUUUAUUAUAUGGAUUUCCUGGUGCUUAUGGUGUUGUAACACAUCCUUCUGGUGUUCGGGAAGGAAUUAAUCAAUUUUUGGAUGGAUUUAUUGCAUCGGAAAAUAUGCGUUUUCGAGAUUCUUCCCUUUCAUUUAAAGUAUCAGAGGAACGUGAAGAUAUAAAAAGAACAACUAGUUAUGUUUAUCCCGAUAUGACAUAUGAAGUUGGGCAAACUAAAAAAUUUGAAUUGACAAUUCAAAAGGGGGAUUUUACUGAUUCUGAAAUUAUUGUUUUGCUUGGAGAAAAUGGAACAGGAAAAACCACGUUUAUUCGUCUUCUAGCUGGCCAAAUAAAGCCAACAGCAUCUAAAGGAGAAAUUCCUGAACUUUCAAUAUCUUAUAAACCUCAAAAAAUUGCUCCAAAAUUUGAAGGAACAGUCAGAGAUUUAUUUUUAACAAAAAUACCAGGACUUUUUAAUCAUCCAGCAUUUAAAACUGAUGUUUUAAAUCCUUUAAAUAUUGACAAUAUUAUUGACUUUGAAGUCCAAAAUCUUUCUGGUGGUGAACUUCAACGUGUAGCCUUAACCCUUUGCCUUGGAACCCCAGCAGAUGUUUAUUUAAUUGACGAGCCAAGUGCUUAUUUAGACUCGGAACAGCGUUUACACGCUGCUAAAGUUAUUAAAAGAUUUGUACUUCAUGCAAAAAAGACAGCUUUUGUUGUUGAACACGAUUUUAUUAUGAGUACAUAUUUGGCUGAUAGAGUAAUUGUUUUUGAUGGACAACCAGCAAUUAAAGCGAGAGCAAAUUCUCCUCAAAAUCUAGUUACUGGAAUGAAUCAAUUUUUAAGUCAAUUAAAUAUUACAUUUAGACGGGAUGCGGAAAGCCAUAGACCGAGAAUAAAUAAAAAAGAUUCUCAACUUGAUACAGAACAGAAAAAAUCUGGAGAUUAUUUUUAUUUGGAUAAUUAG